GAGUUGAGAAAAGAUAAGAUCAAUUUUCUAUAACAAUGAAGAGGGGAGAGCUGGUAUUUGUCCCUUCACCUGGCAUCGGUCAACUUGUACCCGCUGUUGAAGUUGCCAAGCUCCUUGUCCAAAGAGACCACCGCCUCUCAGCCACAAUAUUCAUCAUCACACUGCCGUUUGACAACAAAAUCACCACCUACACCGACUCUCUUGCUUCUUCUUCCUCCUCCAUUGAUGGCCGCGUCAAGUUCAUUACCCUUCCUGAACAGAAACCUUCCUUGGAAGCGAACUUCUUGACCUCCCUAAUAGAAAUCCAGAAACCCCAUGUCAAAAAGGUGGCCGCGCAGUUUGCUCAUUCUGAGUCAGGCCCUGAGGAGCCGAGACUUGCAGCUUUCGUGAUUGGCAUGUUCUGCACGACGAUGAUUGACGUUGCCAAUGAGUUUGGAGUCCCCACUUAUGUCUUUUACACUUCAAGUGCCGGCGCUCUUGGUCUUAUGCUCCAUCUCCAAACCCUUCGUGAUGUCCAUAGCCAAGACAUCACUGAGCUGAAAGACUCGGAUACUGAGCUGAUGGUCCCGAUUUGCAUCAACCCAGUUCCAGCCAAAGUCCUGCCCUCUGUGGUGCUAAACAGAGAUUGGUCCAUGGUGAUACUGGAUCAGUUUCAGAGAUUCAAAGAAACAAAGGGCAUACUGGUAAAUACAUUUUUGGAGCUGGAAGGCCAUGCUGUCAAGUCCUUUGCAAACAGUGAAAUCCCGUCGGUGUACCCGGUGGGACCCAUACUAGACCUCAAGGGCAACGCUCACGUGGGCUCCAGUGAUGAUCGACAGGGGGAGGAUCUCAUCUGUUGGUUGGAUGAUCAACCUCCAGCAUCAGUCGUGUUCCUUUGCUUCGGGAGCAUGGGAAGCUUUAGUGAGGAUCAAGUGAGAGAGAUCGCAUGCGCACUGGAGCAAUGUGGGUAUAGGUUUGUGUGGUCCCUACGUCGUCCUCCACCAAAAGGCAAGAUGGGGUACCCCAGUGAUUACACCAAUCCUGCGGCCGCAUUGCCUGAAGGUUUCUUGGAACGGAUGGCCACAGUUGGGAGAGUGAUCGGUUGGGCUCCACAGGUGGCGGUCCUGGCCCAUCCGGCAGUUGGAGGCUUUGUGUCGCACUGCGGGUGGAACUCCAUACUGGAAAGCCUUUGGUAUGGCGUGCCAGUCGCCACGUGGCCACUGUACUCAGAGCAGCAAUUCAAUGCCUUUGAAAUGGUGAGGGAGCUGGGAUUGAGCGUUGAGAUAAGGAUGGAUUACAGGAGAGAUGUGAGGGCUGAGAGCGAAUCAAUGGUCUGUGCAGAUGAGAUCGAGAGAGGGCUCAAGAGUUUGAUGGAAAGUGGCAAUGAGAUGGAGAUGAGGAAGAAGGUGAAGGAGAUGAAGGCAAAAUGUAGGAUGGUGACCAUGGAAGGUGGGUCUUCAUACUUUUAUCUGGGUCAGCUGAUUAGUGAGAUUUUGGACGGCAUGCAAUGAAGAGGGCAAAUGACAGCUACAACUACCAAAUCAACGGUGGAAAAAAGGACGUCUGCAGAGAAUUUUUCUUCCACCCGCAUUGGAUGCAAAAAUUAUCGCUGAGAAUUUUUCUUCCACCGGCCAUUCUAUGCAAAAACUAUCGCUUUUUUAUUACGUUUUAUGUAAGGGACUUCUUGUGUGUAUAUCAGACAGUAGCUAUCGUUACAAGCAUAUUUGCUUCAAGCCCAUCUGGCCAAAAGAGACAUACAACCAGCACCGAGAAGGAGAGCUACAUAGGUUCCAAACAGGAGCCUCCCGUUGUUCUGCAACUUAGGGCUCAUGAAGUCAGCAGCAAGAAAAUCGACCAGGGCCAUGUAAAUUAAUAUCCCUGCAGAUGCAGCAUUGAAGAUGCCCUCCACAACGAGCGCCUUUGGGCUGUUCUCGUCAUACACACUGGUGAGUCCCAAUCCUAUAGCAACCCCAACUGGGGUUGUGAGGGAGAAAAACAUUGCCAUGAUUGCGCUUGCCCGAGUCUCAAACUUUGCCUGCCAAAGCAAAAGAGAGAUGUAGUGGAGGUAGUUGGACGAUUUUAUAUAGGCGAUCACUAAGGACUUUGGUAAUUUGCCACCUUUUGAUUUGUUUAGGAAGUUAUGUGAAUUUAGAUCUAAGGUAUAAUUGCUAUUUUUGGGUACCAUUGAGAGAAAUGGUCGAUCAUUUUGGUUGUUUUACAGUUUUUUAAGAGAAUGGGGUCUUUUUUAAGGUAAAUCAUGUUUGAGGUUCAUCUGCUCAUGCAGUAGAAGUAUGUCAGAACAUACGAUUGAAUCAAGAGUUAAUUCAAAUUUCUAUUA